AUGAAAAUGAAUAAUUAUGCAUACUUUCCCAUUGCAGCACCUUUUGCAUUCAGAACACAUGGAUCAAGCCAUGACUUUGUUUUCAAGUUGACCGAUGUCAAAAUGAUUGAACAUGCCAGAAAGGUUUUAAAAGAUCAAGAAGUCCAUGUCAUGGGAAGAAUCAGAAAGUCUCAAACAGACUAUAAUCCCCAUUUCUCUUUCCAUCUUGACCCAAAUACCAUUACCUUUUUCAGCAUGGCCAUUGAAGUAUGUGAUGCUACUCUUACCUAUACUGAAGAGAAUCUCGAUGAAGCUUGUGGUGCUUUCCUUCCAGGUUCUUCUGGAUCAUCUGCCCAACCAACAUCUGACUCAACCACAGCCACAUCUGGUUCAAACUCUGGCCAAACCUUUGCUUCUGGAUCAGCAGCUCAACCAACAUCUGGUUCAAUCACUGCCACCUCUGCUUGA